AUGGGAGACAGCUUGCCUAGGCAGGAAGGAGGAGCGAGGCGGGCUGGGGCGUCGCUGCGGGAGCGCAUCCAACGGCGCGCGAUCUGUGCUGGCCCGGUGGCCUCCCGGGACCUAUGGCCACCGCCAGGACCCCCGCAGCUGGUCGACCUAGACUUCCCAGACUCCCUGGGCCCGCAAGCUCCCUCCCAGGGGCGGCGCGGAGGCAGGAGCUGGGCUGUGCUCGACGUCUCUCCAGGCCGCUCAGGGCAGCCGCGAGGACUGGCAGAAGCCGCCGAGGCGGUUGGGCCGGCCGAGCGAGUUUGGCGGCCCAGCCCGCCCGUCCGCCCGCAGGACACGCCGGGAGAGCGGUGCUCCCGGGACUGUGAUCGCGGUGGCCGGGCACACAGCAGCCGGCCCACCUGGGGAGGAAUGACGCGCGUUUCUCUUCAGAUUGGUCCAAGAGCGCAGAGCCCCGAGCUGGCGCCCACCCUCGGCUCCGCCGUCGCCGCUCACAUGCACCCUUGGCAGGGCCCCUCGGGGGAGCUGCAGGUGCCUCUGGGAAGAAGAGAAAGGCCACGCUUGGGUGAUGAUACUCCCAGCCUCAUUGCUUUGUUUGUGGUGGCAUUCUUGGCAAUGGCCAUGGGGACCCACACCCUCAGUCAGGCACACCAUUGGCCAACCUGCUGCUCCAGUCAAGGACAACUCCCUAAGGAGUGGCUGCAGUGGUCCCCGGUGCCCCUGCCUGUGCUAGAGCCAGCAUCGGCCAGCACCCCCUUCUCUGAAGAAUCCUGCAGGGCCAGUGAAGAUGGACCCCUCAACAGCAGGGCCAUUUCCCCCUGGAGAUACGAGUUGGACAGAGACCUGAACCGGCUGCCCCAGGACCUGUACCACGCCCGCUGCCUGUGCCCGCACUGUGUCAGCCUCCAGACGGGUAGCGACAUGGACCCCCUGGGCAACUCGGAGCUGCUCUAUCACAACCAGACCGUCUUCUAUCGAAGGCCUUGCCCCCGGGAGCACGGUGCCCCCCGGGGCUAUUGCCUGGAGCGCCGGCUCUACCGAGUUUCCUUGGCCUGUGUGUGCGUUAGGCCCCGGGUGAUGGCCUAG